AAGCCCUUCAGUCCGUUCAGUGGCGGCGCUGCAUUUUUCAGUGUAUUUCUCCCCCAAAGCGGAGAAGCAGAGGAUGAUGCAGGGCACAGUCGGAUCACAGUGCUGCUGCUGUUGGAUAGAGAGAAACAGGAGCUGCGCUGCUAAAUGAACAACAUCCUAACAUCCACUUUCCUGUACUCCACUUUACCUCCACAAACACAUCAGGAGAUGCCACCAGAAGAACACGUCAGGCUGCUGAAAUCAGAAGAGAUAAAACAUGAGAAUAUGGAGGAGUCGCAUGAGUGUGGGAAGAGUUUUAAACAAGAGAAUCAUCUCAAAUCACACCAGUGCACUCAUUCAGGAGAGAAGCCGUAUCACUGUUCAGAGUGUGGGAGAAGCUUCAGGCACUCUAAAACUUUAAAAGCACACACUUGCUCCAGGAUGGAGGAUGGUUAUUCUAUAGAUGUAGUUCUUGAACCCGAUAAUAGUGAAAAAGCAGAAGAUCUCGCUCUGGUCAGCAGUCUAAGCACCUGUGCACCCUCAUUUGAAAGACGUUCUUGUUCUCCUGGUGUUAACUCAAAUUUACCUCCACAAACACAUCAGGAGUUGCCACCAGAAGAGCUGCUGAAACCAGAAGAGAUUAAACAAGAGAAUAUGGAGGAGCCAUAUUGUUGUUCAGAAUGUGGGAAGAGUUUUAAACAGGAGAAUCAUCUCAAAUCACACCAGCGCACUCACGCUGUGGAGAAGUCAUAUCAAUGCUCAGAGUGUGGGAUGGGUUGUAAUAAUCAGAGUAGUCUUCUAAGGCACCAGAGGGUUCACACUGGAGAGAAGCCGUAUCAGUGCUCAGAGUGCGGGAAGAGUUUUAGUAACGGUUAUAAUCUCAAAAAACACCAGGUCAUUCACACAGGAGAGAAGCCUUACUGCUGUUCAGUCUGUGGGAAGGGUUUCAGUAGAUAUGCUACUCUCCAACUACACCAGCGCACUCACACAGGAGAGAAGCCGUAUCACUGCACAGAGUGCGGGAAGAGUUUUCGUCAGCAGAGUAAUCUCCAAGUACACCAGCGCAUUCACACGGGAGAGAAACCAUAUCAGUGCUCAGAAUGUGGGAAGAACUUCAAUCGACUGGAUGUUCUCCAACACCACCAGCGAGUUCACACAGGAGAGAAGCCUUUUAAGUGCUCAGAGUGUGGUCAGAGUUUUCGUCAGCAGAACAAUCUCCAAGUACACCAGCGCAUUCACACAGGAGAGAAGCCCUAUUGCUGCCCAUACUGUGAAAGGAGCUUCUCUAGACACAGUAACCUCAAAGAACACCAGCGCACUCACUCAGGAGAGAAGCCGUAUGAGUGCUCAGAGUGUGGGAAGAGUUUUCGCCAGCACACUAAUCUCCAAGUACACCAGCGCAUUCACACAGGAGAGAAGCCGUAUAGCUGCUUAGAGUGCGGGAAGGCUUUUAACCGACUCGACGUUCUCCAACAGCAUCAGCGAGUUCACACAGGAGAGAAACCGUAUGAGUGCUCAGAGUGUGGAAAGAGUUUUUGUCAACAGGGCACCCUCCAAGUACACCAGCGUAUUCACACUGGAGAGAAACCGUAUUACUGCUCACAAUGUGGGAAGAUGUUUAGGUACUCAAAAAAUGUUGCGGUACACAAGUGCACUAAGAGUGAGGAAGAUAAUUCUGCAACUGUGGUUUGUGAACCUGAUUACAUGUCCCAGCAGGGGGCGCUAGUUCAGUCGCUGUGGUUCUCUAACAGCAGUGAAGCGGAGAAGCAGCACAGUUGGCUGAGGCCGCUGCUAAAACUGCAGAGAGAAAGAGGAGCUGCGCUAUUUGUCCAUGAGGUGAUGCCACCAGAGGAACUUGUCAGACUGCUGCAAUCGGAAGAGACUGCAGAGAAGCCAUACAGUUGCCCAGAAUGUGGGAAGUGUUUUAAACAGGAGAAUCAUCUGAAAUCACACCAGCGCACUCAUGCUGUGGAGAAGUCGUUCCAGUGCUCAGAGUGUGGGAGGACGUUUAAUCGACAUAGCAAUCUCCAAGUGCACCAGCGCAUUCACACAGGAGAGAAGCCGUUUCAGUGCACAGAGUGUGAAAAGAGUUUUAUUGAUAGAGGAACACUGACAAAACAUCAACGCAUUCAUACAGGAGAGAGGCCGUUUGACUGCUCGCUGUGUGGGAAGUGUUUCAGAGACAACGAUACUCUCAAAAAACACCACAUUACUCAUACAGGAGAGAAGUCCUAUUACUGUUCGUGCUGCGGAAGGAGUUUUAGUCGAUACAGCAAUCUCCAACUACACCAGCGCACUCACACCGGAGAGAAGCCCUAUGUCUGCUCAGACUGUGGAAAGUGUUUUAAUCAGCAAACUAAUUUACAAAUCCACCAGCGCAUUCACACUGGAGAGAAGCCGUAUCUGUGCUCAGAGUGUGGGAAGAGAUUUAGUGACAGCAGUCAUCUAAAAAAACAUCAGAUCGUUCACACUGGAGAGAAGCCGUAUCAGUGCUUACAGUGUGGGAAGAGUUUUACUCAGCAGAGUAACCUCCAUACACACCAGCGGGUUCACACUGGAGAGAACCCAUAUUACUGCUCAGAGUGUGGGAAGUUCUUCAGGUAUUCAAAAAGUUUAAAGAUACACAAGUGCAUGAAGUGGGAGAACGAUGAUUCUGUGACUAUGGUGGUCAUACCUGAUUACGGUGAAGAAACAGAAGAUCCUGCUCUGAUCAGCAGUCCAGAGCUUCCUGCUCCCACAGUGUUGGAUGGAGAGAAACAGGAGCUUUACUAUUUAGCGUAGGGACACUUGGUAACAUGGUUUCAGUUGUGUAUUCACUGACCAUUAGAGAAAUGGCUGGACAGAUAGCUACUUUUCGAAAAGUGCGUCCUUGCAUGCAUCCUUUGACCAGGCUUGGCUGAGUAGGCUAACUUGUGGCAGUGUUUUCUUGUUGGGUUUGUAGAGCGUAGGGCAUGUUGUUGAUGCUUUAUUUAAGAUUUGCAUGAUAUGUACACACCAUUAAUAAGUUAGUAUGAGAAUUUCAAGAAGGUCAUGCCAUAUUGGUUGAUAAAAAAUGAUGGUACGGUCAUAUGUUCCCAUGGGUGAAGAUGCCUCCAGGGAGAAGUGCACUCCUACCCCCACUCUUUUUUCUGUCCUGAUCAAAUAACAUCUCAUGUGGAUAUUUGAGUUUGUCAAGAUCAUUUGAUCUCAUUUUUUUUUACAUGAAUUUCAAUUAUAGUGAUCUGUGUGUUUAUACCAAGGUGUACACUAAAAGAAAGAAAGAAGGAAUGAAGAUUAGAGUAUGUGCUCUAAUCUAAUAGAGUGAUCAUUAGCCUUACUAAGGAGUUUGGCUGGAAUAUGUAAAGAGUUUAUGAACUGUCAUGAUGAAGAUGAGUUCAUAUGUAGCUAAUUUCUCAUGUGCACUAAUCAUUUGCACUUUUCAAUCUAUGGCACUUAGUGAUUAAAUGUAACUUUAUUAUUAUUAUUAUUAUUAUUAUUAUUAUUAUUAUCAUUAACCACAACAGUGGUUU